AUGGAACUUGGCUGGGAACUUCCCUUCCCAAUUAAUCUGUGGGAAGCCAAAACUUCCGAAAUAUGGCUCCGGAGAUUCAACGAGAAUUUCGAGCUCUCGGCUUUCAAGAUCAACAGCAAUUUAUUAUACCAGCCACGCGGGCUCGCUACAGCCUCUUUGACAAUGGCCACACAGCAAAUAAUGACCGAAGCACCCAGCUCGGAACUUCUAACGGCGCUAGAAGCAUCUCCCUUUGCCGUAUUCUGUCUGCUGACGAACUUGGAUGCUCUGGUGCGGGACUUUACGCGGUGUUAUUAUCAAAUGCCACCCAGCCCUUCCGAUCCGAACCCGUUUCAUAUCCUCACUCAGAGUCAAUCUAAACGGAUACACAUGGCAAUACGGAAAAUCGCGAAGAUCGUCAAGGACCUGGCUUACACGAGCAACAGCCCCCACUUCCUCCUAUGGAGAACGAACGAGCUAUUCAUCUCAUCUCUUCUUAUCAGCUUAUGUCGCCCCGAUCAGCUCUUGGUUGGAGGCAUCGUGGAUAACAGCUUAAUUGCGGGCAUGGCUGCCUCGACCCAUCUGGCGCAUGGGAACCUCAUCGCAAUCCGGCGAUCAGCACCUCCUGUGUCACAUCAUGUCGGCGGUAACGAAGGCAUCUUAGCACUUCUCAGUGAUCUUUCCAGUGUGCUCUCCAUUAUUUUCGGCGAGGAUCAAGAGAAAGCUGUUCGUGAGGCGCCGUGGGCUACUGUCGCUAGCUACGGGAUUCUUUUGUGUAUCUGGGGAGCGUUGAGGCGCGCAAACACUGAUAUUCGUCGCUACGUAGACACCUUCAAUGAGCUCCCCAAAUCAUUCGAAUCUUGCAUGUUGGUCUUCAACACACUCAUGGAGUCCGUGUUUCUCAGCUUCGUUGAGCAUGACGGGAUGACCCGAGAUUCCCGGUUGUGGUCUACGGAUCGAGAGGCUUUCACUAGUCUGCUCGAUGAAGCCGAGCCAUUGUUUGCCAAUCUUAUCAAGACAUUUUGUAAACAGCGAUACGUGUGGGGAAUUGGUCCUUCGAUGCUGGCUGUGUUGGGUGAAAUCCCCGGCAAUGUCUCCACCAGCGCGCCAGAAUGA